CCGUAGGACAGUGGUCAUGGGCCACGCUAGAAGGACGCAUCUCCUAGGACCGAAAAUGUCCUGGGGUCGGCAGUCGGCCUGGAUGGGCGAUCCUAGAUAUCGACGUGUCCCAGGACAGCGCACUCAGAACACUCGGAACCCCAGGACUUCCCCGCUCUCUUUAAGUGAGUAAUUGUUAUACAUUGUCCCAACCUCCCUCAAGAAGCUAUGUAAGAGUCUUAUAUAAGCUUGCCCUGUCCACUCAUUUCACCUAUUGGGGCUAGUCUUCUAGCAGGGUGAGUGCGAAAGUGAGAGAGGGAGGGUGAGUGGUUUCAAAAGCGGCACGGUCUGGGAAUGAAUGAAAUUCGGAGAAAGCGACUUUGAAGUUGGAGAAAUUUUUGUCCGCAAGACAAAAGUCUCAGUUUCAAUUUUUCCCUUGCAUUUCGGACACACCGCAACGAGAAUCUCAUGGCGUCCGGCAGCAAGAGAAGAAAGCUGUCCGACGGCAGCUACGAUGCCGUGCCUAUCGCCACUGACCAGCCUGCCGUUGAGGGAGAAGCCCCCCCUAAAGACCAGCGACGCUCUCUCUUCGUCCGAUCGCUCCCAGCGUCUGUAACAACCGAACGUCUAACAGAGCACUUCUCCCAGUCGUUUCCUUUGAAACACGCCACUGUCGUCCUCGAUCCCCAGACGAAAAUCUCCAAGGGUUUUGGGUUCGUGACAUUCGCCGAUGCUGAAGAUGCGCAUGCUGCAGUCGAGCAAUUCAACAACUCGACGUUGGACGGGAGGAAAAUAAAGGUGGAACUUGCACAAUCCCGGCAAAGAGAGACCGAAGGUGGACUGAAGAGUGGUAAAAACCUCACUGGUGUACAACUGCGAGCACAGCGCGAGCAGACGCGAGCAGAAGUUCAGCAGCCAAGGCUGAUUGUGAGGAAUCUGCCAUGGAGUAUCAAGACAGGAGACGAUCUAGCCUUGCUGUUCAGAAGCUAUGGCAAGGUCAAACACGCAGUCGUCCCACAUAAAGGUCCCAGGGUGCAGUAUGGAUUUGGGAUCGUCGUGCUCCGUGGCAAAAAGAACGCAGAGAAAGCCAUUGCCGGAGUCAAUGGUAAAGAGGUGGAUGGCCGUACACUCGCAGUCGAUUGGGCCGUGGACAAAGACACUUGGGAACAGCAACAACAUGCAGCUUCUGAUGCCGCAGGAUUACUAGCCGAAGAAGAGACUACACCAGCAGGCGAUGCGGAGCCAACGCCCGAGUCUGCCGCAGAGGCUGAAGGCAUUGAGGACAUUCAAGCUGACACGACAUCUCUAAUGGAGUCCGAAGCACAAGAAUUUGACGAUGUUGAUGACCUCGACGCCGAAGACGUCGCCACCGAGGAAGAUUUGGAGAUGGACGAAGAGAGUCAAGAUGAAGAACAGCAUGACUCCAAAAACGACAGUACGGUCUUUAUCAGAAAUUUGCCCUUUACAGCGGACGAUGAGAGUCUACGGGAACAUUUCACUACCUUUGGCCCGGUUCGGUAUGCGCGAGUGGUCUAUGAUCCCGAAACGGAACGUUCGAGAGGCACAGCAUUUGUCUGCUUUUACGAGGUAGACGAUGCCAAGGCUUGCGUCAAAGACGCCCCUAAGCAUGACGCUCUAGCGGGCAGCGCAGACAACGACAAGAAGCGCAAGGGAGAGCCAUUGAAGCACUCGAUUCUUCAAAACGAGGCGACUGAUCCAUCAGGUCGGUAUACGCUUGAAGGUCGCGUGCUUCAAGUUUCGCGGGCGCUGAGUAAAGGAGAUGCCGAGCGAAGAGCGAAUGAAGCAAGCGAGAAAAGGGACAUCCGUGACCGAGACAAGCGACGUUUGUACCUCCUAUCAGAGGGAUCAAUUCCAAGGGGUUCGCAACUGUACGAGCAGCUGGGCAAGCCGGAGAUUGACAUCCGCGAGAGCAGUGCUCGUCAACGACAACGUAUCAUCAAGAAUAAUCCGAACCUGUGUCUCAGCCUCACCCGGUUGAGUGUCAGAAACCUUCCUCGAAGUAUUGACAGCAAAGCGCUCAAAGCUCUGGCUCGUGAGGCAGUGGUAGGCUUUGCCCAAGAUGCGAAGGCUGGCCUUCGACAACCGCUGAGCAAGGAAGAGUUGCGUCGAGGUGGUGAUGAGGAGAGGGAAGCUGAAAAGCAGCGCAAGCUCGCGGGGAAAGGCAUUGUCAAACAAGCGAAGAUCGUGUUCGAAGAUACAAAAGGAAGCAAGGUCCAGGAAGGUGCAGGCCGAAGCCGUGGCUAUGGAUUCAUUGAAUACUUCAGUCAUCGAAAUGCUUUGGCAGGGCUGCGAUGGCUCAACGGGCAUAUGGUGAAGGCCUCGGGCGGCGAGCGGGGAAAGAGACUCAUCGUCGAGUUUGCAAUCGAAAAUGCUCAGGUCAUUCAGCGCCGCAACGAACAGGAACGAAGGGCCAGAGAGAAAAGGGGUGACAAGACAUAUGAAAAGAAACCCAAAAGCAAUGCCCAGGAUGACAGAGCGAAGACAUCCCAAGGCAAGAAGCGGAAGCACAGUGAUGGAGAUGACAAAGCGAAACCCGAAACUUCGAAGACACCGGAUUCCGAGGAGAAGAACCGCGUGGCCAAGCGCAAUCGCAUCAUUGCAAAGAAGCGACAAGCCAGAAAGACACGUAAAAGCUGAUGAAGGGAUCCCAGAUGGUCCGCAAUUUGUUGGAGUCACUGGGGGUAUAUAUCAUCCUGACCGACAUGCAUUUUGUGGUUGAAUGGAGAAUUCAUGAAGCAUCUGAAGUGAAACGCCUCCCUUCGUCCAUGCCAGCAUUUUGAGCUCCCUCGACCUGUAGAAAGAAAUAGUCAGCACCUGCUUUCUAGGAGG